UAAACACCAACGAAGAAGAACACGCUGCUAAGGAAGACAGCUAGCUAAGCUAACCGGCGUUGCCAAAAUGUGGAUCUAAACUAUUUGUUCCUAUGUGAAAAACAGUUAGUUGCGCCUUUUUAUGACGGUGUUCAACCUGACGUCGGUGUGAAGACGCAGACUUUGACUCGGCGUCCAAAUAAAAAGGAUGACUCCUAAAUGACCUCCCACUGUGAACUCUACUGACAGAUCUCAUGCCUCUCUGUCUCAUGGGUCAUGAACAGAUCCAACCAUGCACCUCCAGUUUGCAUACAAGCACAACGACUUUGUCACAGAUGUGCAUCGGAGUGAUGGAAACAGUCCUGCGACAGCAUCACGGUCAACAAAGUUUGACACAACCAUCCAAGCUGGCUGGAUGGACAGGAUGGACAGGGGUCUCUUCCGCUACCACCUGGGCGAUUUACAAACUCACAUCCUGCCAGGUCCACAUGGCUUUGUGGCUCAGCUGAAUAUUCAGAGAGGACUGGAGAGAAGGAAGCCUCAGGAGAUACUGAGCAUUCAGCAGGAGUUCAAUGCUGGGCAGUUUAAUUUUAACAAAAUCAAUCCAGAUGAAAUCAUAUUUGAGAUGAUGAAGGACACUGAGGGAGAGACAGCUUUGUCUGACAAUGGACAGUUUCCUCAACCCAGCAGGAUGGUGGUUUUGGUCAAUGUCAGCCCUUUGGAGUUUGGACAUUGUCUCUUUGUUCCAGAACCUUCACGCUGUUUCCCACAGAUCCUGACAGAGUUUGCUAUCCAGACCGGUAUUGAAUCUGUGCUCCUCAGCUCCAACCCUGGUUUUCGUGUCGGAUUCAACAGUCUUGGAGCGUUUGCAUCUGUCAAUCAUUUACACCUUCAUGGUUAUUACCUCAAUCAUGAGCUAAAAAUAGAGUUUAUGCCAGUUAAGCCUUUGGUUCCUGAAAAGGGAUUUUACCUCAUGCUAGACUUCCCUGGAGGCUUUUUGUUCUACACAGAAUCAGAGGCUGUGGAGAAAGUAGCAAGAGCAGUCUGUCAAGUCACAGACUUUCUUGUGGGUGAUAAUAUUGCUCACAACGUGUUCUUGACUAGAGGAUGCCCACCAUGUGAUCGCACACACAGCAAAGAAGGUCGCUGUUCAAGAAAAGGUGUGCGCAUUGCUGUAUGGCCUAGAAUGUCCUGCUUUGGUGCCAAAGAGGAGUCUGCCUUUAAUGUUGCUCUGUGUGAGCUGGCUGGACAUUUACCAUUUAAGAACGAGAAAGACUAUGAGCUCACGACUGAGACGGAUGUCAUGGAUAUAAUACGGAGAUAUCUUCUGCCGGAUGAUGAGUUUCACAGGUUGGAACAGCAGCUUACGAGUCGUUUAAUUAGUUUAUAAUGCAUCAACAACCUAAUUGUAUUUAAGGUACAGAUAAACUAAGUUGAAAGCUACACGUGUUUCAUAGUUUUUACUGUGCUAUCAUAUUUGAAUUUAAUUAAUUCACCGAGGGAAUAUAUUCACAGUGGAUUGUGAUGCUGAUUAUUUUGAGAGCUGAAUCUCAUGUCCUGCACUUGACUAAAUAUUAAAACUGGAUGUUUUAAAGCCUUCGCUAAACACUCAAGAGGAUUACAAAUGUUAAGAGUUGCCAUAAUUGUAUUUAUAAAUGACAGUGUACUUUGAUUGACUAAUAAAUGUAUUAAAACUGGGAUCAAAUAAAAUGUUGAAUGCA